AUGGCUACUGAUGUUAACGAUCGUCCUAUGUUUAGGAUAUCCGAUGUGGAGGAACUGAUACGCCAAACUGGGAUGGAUAGUUCGGAUACUGCAGAGAAAAUAGUGGAUUAUUUUAAGAACAAACGAGCAGCAUUACAAAGUAGAGCUCGCCUCUAUGACGGUUCGGACAAUUCCAUCAACUUUAGAUUGGAAAACUUGCAACCGGUUCAAUUACCACAGACAAACAGCAACCUUCCGAGAGAAUCCUCACCGGUGCCCAGUUCGAAUGUUACAGAAGCGGCCAGCAUUGUACUGGUCAAACCGCUUUCUGAACUGUCUGUGUCUGUGAACAGAGUGCCAUCGUUUAUGAGUCCCGGUGGUGUGGCGGCCACUUCGGCAGCACACAUUCCUCGAAAGCCACCAACAAACAUCAUAACUAGUCCUACCGGUAGAAGCACGGUUCAUGUAAGCCCGAUAGUAUCAAUUCCCAAUGCACACAGCGCUAGGACAAACCUUCAAAAACAACUCCUAUUGCAGCAAUAUAAACGAAAAAAUCAAAUGAAAUGCGAAGCUAUUCGAAAUGCCUCUCAACUGGCAUCGAGCACACCGAUUGCAGGUAAAUCCUCGGAGCAAAGGGGCAAUAACUUGCUGGACAUCAGAGAAACUAUCUCUCCUAUCCACGAAGACCAAGGAUAUGGUACACCACAACGGGCACUGCGGUCGCCAAAUGUGGAACGGGACGGUGUGGAUUCAGGAACGUCCAAUACGAAUGCUCGUUCCAUAAAUACUCCGGUUCCAGCUACUCAGGAUGUGCCCGAUGGAAUGGACCAAGACUAUCGUGAAAACACUCCUCCGCAGGAUGAUAAUCCCGCAGUUGUUAUACCGGAAACGCCAAGCCCUGUUCGCCGUUCCCCUCGAGUCACGAGCACACCAUUGAGUGGUUUAUCGUUACAAAAUCGUCCACACGCUGCAGUCGCCGGCCAAGGUAGGCCGAUCGAGAGAGAUGUACGAACCCCUUGCAGGAGCAUCCUAAAGAAUUCGGAUAAAAGCUUUUCUUCAAGAAAUCGUGUGAGUUUUUCGGAGAAAUUGGUUGCAGUUCGUUCGAUGACACCAGCUCCCUCGUCGGAUGAUUCACAGGUUACGUCGGACGAAAGCGAAGAGCAGGAUAGGGAACAGGGCGAACCGAGAAGGAAAAAGUUAUCUAUGAGUAGAUCGCAACGAUCGAAUGAUAUUCUGAUGCUGCAAAAGUCUCGGUUUAUGAUGAAUAUGGCGAAGGAACAGAUACCGUCAAAAGCUUCUAGAUCGCCUGAUAAGGCUAUUAAGCCGGUCAAAAAUAGCAAGGACAAUCAAUCAAACAAAGGCAAUUCUUCGAGAGAACCUUCGCCACACUGCGAAGCCGAGACAAGUGUUCGGAAUGAUAAACGAAACGUUCAACAUUCUCGAAGGAUGUUUGGAAACAGUCGAUCAGACGCAAUUGAAUGCAUGGAAGAACCUUCACCAGAGUCGUCGGGUGCAAUCAAAAGAAGCAAUAAUCGUGAUCGUACUAAUAGUAACGCAAUUAAUAUGAUUAUGGAAGAUUGGGAAGAAACAGUCUCAAAAACCGUGCAUAAUCAGAAUGGGAACCGUAGUCCACUGGUAGCGAAUCGAACAAUCAAUAAAUCGCUUGCGAUCACUAACAUCGAUACUCCGCGCACGGUUAUGAUGGAUAUUUUCGACCCACCUUCAGCAUUUUGCGAUGAAAGCCAGCAAGGUGAUGACAUGGACUGCUCGAGAAACGACCUUAUCGCGGAAUUGAAUUCGGACGCACCGGGAUUAGAUCGGUCGGAUCCAUCGCGCAAGUCGAAACAAAACAGCAUCGCCCGGCAAGGCUCGAUUGAUAUAAAGGAACCCGGCGUUGCACCGAAUCCUGAGGGUUCGAUGGUGCCUACAUGUGUAUCACAAAGAAGUAUGGCACGGGCAGAGCGUAUAGUGAGUUUAAACUCACCGCACGAUCAUAUCCCGUUGAAUAUGAUAGAGGCAGUCGAUAUGAUCCACAGUCGUGUGAAUUCCGACAUAAUUGCAAGCGAGCCGGAAAAUGAUCGGCGGAUCACUCUUAACAUACCAACGAAGCGUCGCACCACCAAAUUGAAGUUGGACACCGACACAGAAGAGUACAUCAAAACUAUCGAAGCGGUUUAUUCGCAAGACAAGGUAAACAACAAAUCCCGUAGAAAUCGACGUAAGCUGUUCGCGCAGGAAGUGUCCGAUGGACAGGAUAGUAAUUGUGAUGAGCCGCAACCGUUGCCAUCAACGCAAGAUGUAGCUGAAACACAAGAUGAUUAUGUGAUAAAACCGUUGUCGGUUGUUGUGCAGCGCUUAUCGGCUACCACCUUAAGCAAGGCUACAAAAUCAACCCGAACACAACGGAAUGCAGAACUAGGAAAUGCAGAAAAGGAUCACGAUGAACAAAGCAAUAAGGACGUCCAAUCUCCUAUUAAAGAAAAACAAAAUCAAGAGCAGAACGAAAUUGAAGAUCGCUCGAAGUUCGCCAAUAGGAAAACGCCACCAGUUGGCGGUUCGCCUAGUUGGGAAGAUCGCCGAAGUGCGGAAGUUGAAAAGACUGCAAAACAAAAUUCGAAACACCAAGAAGGAAAGACCAAAACGAAACGUACAUAUCGGAAGAAGGGCCUCGAUGAGUCAAGUUUAUUGAUGGAUAAAUAUUGGAAGAAUUUGUCGAACGAAAUUCGGCACCAAAUAGACAGUGAUGCUCCCCGCAGAAGCCACCGUAACAGACGGCUGGCUGCAGAAGUGCUGCGUAACAAUCCGGACAUUUCUUGUCAUACUGAACCACGGUACGUGAUGCCCACGAUACGAGAUGUACUAAAGUAUUGUCAAUUAUCAAACAUCACAGUGGCCAACACUAAGAAAAAGAGCAAAACUUCCAAAGCGGCUAAGGCGAAAAUAGACAUGAAAAGCCAGAAAGACGUCCCUCCAACGACAUCCAGCGAGGAAAGAAAAGAAUUAGGGAACGGUACUAAACGGGGUAGGGGCAGACCCUCAAAAAAAAACCAACUUCAGAAGGAUACGUUUGAUAGUGAUGGAUUUCGCAUACCGCCCGUUCCAUCCAAUGGGCAACCCGGAACAUCGAGCUUCAAAGCGACAGAUCAUCCGACGGAAACGAAUUGUUCGUCCAAUUCGGGGCAUCAGCAGGGUGUAUCUAUCGAUUCGGGGCUCUCAUCUGCGGCAAUGUUGAGCGACGAUGUAACAGAAACACCACAGCUAGUGCAACCUUCAUCUUCGAAGAUGACUUCUAAACCGAUUAAAAAACCGGUUCCACAUCCCCCCGAAGCGCCGCCGUGUUCGUCUGCUUCACCAUCGCCCACUGAAAUAAUGGCGGAAAAGCGCAAAACCCUCGAUUGGAUGAUGAUGCUGAUGGAAAAACGGGAGAAUUCACCGGUGUCGGUUUUACCGGUUGUUCAAAUCCAAGGCUUUACCCAUCUGUCGCUGGAGCACCUGACAUUCGAAGAACGGGACGGCAUCGAGUAUUCGUUCUACGUCUAUUCAAAUGGUGACAAUUUCGGCUUUUUACGAUUUCCGCCCGCAGCGGAAAAGAAAUCCACACGUACAAAGCGUUGUUCACUGAAAUUUCUCAUUCUUAGUGGGUCGUUAAAAUUCAUCAUCAACGACAUUGUGGUAAAUGCUGUGGGGGGUGACUUUUUGAUGAUACCAACCAAUACAUCUUACCGCAUUGUUAAUGGACCAGAAACGACGCUCAUGUUUAUGAUUAAAACAAGUGUUUCGACUAAUACAUAG